AUGGCCCCGCGAUACUCUAGCAUUGCCGUCAUCGGCGCUGGUCCGUCUGGCAUCUCGGCAGUCAAGGCCCUCAGCGAAGAAAACACGUUUGAUCGGAUCCAGCUUUUCGACAGAAGAGAGCGAAUUGGCGGGACAUGGAUAUAUGAUGAGGAGCCAGAGCCCUUUUCGCCCUUUUCAAGCCAGCCUGUGAGAGAGAUACCAGCAACGCUCCCGCAGUCAACACCGCCCGCUGCCGAGAACGUCACCGCUCGAACCGGCCUCUACCCGUCUCUGGACAGCAAUGUGGGAUCCCAAGUCAUGGCCUUCACCUAUAAGCCCUUCCCGUCGGUAAACUCGGCCACGUCCAUCGGUCGCUUCGGCAAGGGCAACCCGACGCAUCCUCACGCGCAGGUCGCGGGGUACAUCGAAGAGAUCGCGGAGCCCUUCUCGCACCUAUUUACUUUCAACACGCACGUCGAGCGCGUCGAAAAGGUCGGCAAGCAGUGGCAGCUGACGCUGAGGAAGACCCAGCACUACCUCAAGCACGAGAAGAGAGACUACUGGUGGCAAGAUACCUUUGAUGCGGUCGUCGUGGCCACCGCCCAUUACGGUGUGCCGUAUGUGCCGAACAUACCGGGCCUGAAGGAGACGUCUGCUGCCUUGCCGCAGAGAUUCGAGCAUUCCAAAGCAUACAGAUCCCCGGAAGACUACGUGAACAAGAAAGUUGUUGUGGUCGGCGGCAACGUCUCUGCUUCGGACACGGUUUCCGAAAUCCACAACAUCGUCUCUGGCCCUCUUUACCUCUCACAGCGGGGCUACAACGAAAUCCUGAAAGACGCAUGGGAGCUUCCGAACGUGGUGAGGAAGCCCCAGAUCACGCGAGUCUCCGUGGGCCCGGACCGGCUCAUCAAAGUGACCUUCGCGGACGGCACGGAGGCCGACGGUAUAGAAAAGGUCCACUUCGGCACGGGGUACCGCCUGUCCUACCCGUUCCUGCGUCCGGACCCCGUGACGCCCAGCGGCCGCCUCUCGGGUUUCUACCAGCACGUCUUCAACGUCACAGACCCGUCGCUCACGAUCGUCGGACAGGUCAAGGGGGCGCUCUCGUUCCGCGUGUACGAGUACCAGGCCGUCGCGGUGGCGCGCUACUACGCCAACCGGGGCGGCGGGCUGCCCUCGCCGCGCGAGCAGGACGAGUGGGAGGUGAAGCGGCUGCAGUACAAGGGGCCCACAUCGCAGUUCCACGAGAUCAAGCCGGAUUUCAAGGAGUAUUUCGAGUUUCUGCGCGGUGUUGCUGGGCCACCCGCGCCGGGCACCGAUGCGUACGAGUUGCCCGCGUGGCAGGACGACUGGGCGUUGCUUGGUUUCGGCGUGUUGGCGCUGAAGCAGAAAUGGUGGAGGGAACUGAAGGAGAAGGAAGAAAAGAAGCAGAUCCAGGCUAAGCUGUAA